CCUUGAGGCCCAGAACAGAAAUAUAAACCAAAAUAGUAACACAAUUAAUUGUUUUAUUAUUAUUUAUUUUAUUUACGUAAAAAUUAGUGUUUUUAUUUUGGAGGAUAGUUUUGGAAGCAGAGGCUGCUCUUUCUGGGAAACUCGGCGUCGGAACGAGCGACACCGGCAAGUUUCAGGUGGAAUAGUAUCACAAAGAGUUCAAUCCAUAUGCUGCUAACAUUGAAGAUGAUAUUCAGUCAGCUGUUCCAUUAAAAGAAGUUUAAAGUGUAGAUAGCUCAAUUAUUUGCUCGAUUCACAUUUAUACCAAGUGAUGUUUUGUUAAUAUCAUGCCCACUUUGAGACGAUCAAGAUUGGUAUGAAAAUGUAAUUUGAUAUGUUUGCUUCUAGGAGUUUGUCCUUAUAAUGGAGAAUGAAGCUGGUCAUCAACCCAAGCAUGAACGCUCAAGGACAAGGUGGACAGCAUCCCUUGAUAAUAUAUUUGCAGACCUGGUUGUGAAGCAGAUUCAACUAGGAAAUAGACCAAACAAUGUUUUUGACAAGAAAACUUGGAAUCAUAUUCGUGAUGAAUUUAACAAGCAAACAGACCUCAACUUCAACAAUAAUCAAUUGAGGAAGCACCUGGAUGUUCUAAGGACACGGUUCUACAACCUGAAGUCAGCUUACGAUCAAAGUAACGAUUUCACAAUAGAUGAUUCUUGUUGCAUUGGUUUUGACCUGUGGGAAGACAUGGAGGCACAGCCUAGGCCUGAAACGAUUAAAGUCAAGGACUGUCCCAUAUAUGAGCAGCUAUGCACAAUAUUCACAGAUUCAUCAGUUGAUGGGAAGUAUGCACAGUCUAGUCACUACGAAGAAUUGGUGAAGUCUGCUGUAAUUGAUCAUGCAGGUUUGAGUUCCUGUCCGGACAUUGAAAAUCCUCAUCCUGAAAAAUUUCCAUCACCCAAACAAGUGCAAAUAAAUGGUUCUUCAGCAGAAAAGAUGGUUAAGGUCUUACCUGAGAGAAAAAAGAAACGUCCAUCACCACAGCCUUCUCUGGGUCAUAGCCGAAGGGAUCAGGAAAUAUGUGAUGCUAUGGCAGAAGCCAUGUUGGAAAUGGUUGCAGCUUCAAAAUACAGGAUGGUUGGUACAGUGACUAGUGAUGAUAGAUAUACCAUAACUAAUUGCAUUAAAGCAUUGGACGAGAUUGAAAAUAUCGAUCAACACCUCUAUUUUGCUGCACUUGACCUGUUUGAGGACCCUAAUUUAAGAGAGACAUUUAUCUCUCUAAAAGGCGACAAGAUAAGGCUGACGUGGUUACAAGGGAAAUGUGGUAAAGAUGCAUCUGGUUAAAGCUUGGGAAUGACAUUUGGAUAUUUAGGAAUUAGGAAAUGUAAACAUCCUCCAUAUUGCUAUAGUUUUUGCUACA